AGAGCGAUACAUCAUCAACAGAAGGGCCAGGGAGAAUCACCUAAGAGGAAAGCUUGUACAUGGCGAAGAAGAGGAAGUCUGAUGCAACUCGCCUGGACGAGGUUGAUCGAACGAUGUACACCACUUUCUGCAGUGCCGCCAAUUCGCUUUCGCAGCUUUAUACCCAGGCUAUGAAUCAGCAAAAGGUCGUCUUCCAGGCCGGAGAACGUCAUGCCCUGGAUAAACUUUACCAAUGGAUCUUGAGACAGCAGGAGGAAGGAUCGAGAGUGAUGACAACUGAUAUACUAGCUUACCUCCAGAAUGAGCUUGACUAUAGUGGAGAAGAGCCUCCAAUGUCUCCCAGACUUAACUUCCAAAAUCAACAUUCCCAGCCUACAACGAACUUCAUGAAUUCAGGCAUCCAAGUUUCUUCUGGACCUUUUGCAGCAGCCACUGUUGGGCAGGGUCUACGGUCUGGGCAUUCUGAUAAUCAAGCCAAGAAUUCAGUAUUCUCAAAUGCUCUUUCAAGCCCUGUUUGCCGUAGCCUUCAGCAUUGUCAUUUGGCUCAAGGAGGCUCCUAUUCAAACAGUAUGCCUACUGGAAAUGGAGCCCGGAAUGCUGAAACCAACUUUCCUCAUCAACAAAGCAGGGAUACAAACUCCGCCUGCUCAAAUGAUUCGUCCAUGGAUAUGCAUGCGGAGAGUCCUGGUCAUGAAUCUUCUUACUAAUUGUCGGUAUUGCAAGUUUGUUGCUAUGUGCUGAUUCAAGUCUUCCAAGAGAGCUGUGAUUCUGUCUCAAUUGUGUGCUUCAAGUCCCAUAUGGAAAGCAAAAGGUGUGAGAAGGUUGCUACUUGUGGAAUAAGCAUGUGACGCAUGUUUGGAUGUUGGUAUGUGAAGCAGAAAAGUAGUAUGUUCUCAUUAAUUGCAUAAUAUGACGCAAUGAGCACCGAAAACUAUCAGGUUCUCAAUUGAUUUGUCAAGUGGUUUUCUGUGUCUUUUGGUGUUCUAUAUGUAAAAUCUAAGGUCUUCCUUUGAAUGAUUCUAAUAUUUGAUUGUAGGUCCUCUUUUAGAAAGUUGCAUACUAUUGUUUGUGUCGUUGAGAUAGUUGUAGUUAAAGAUUUGUUUUCUAUGUUAUAGUUCAAUCUCAUGGUGAAAAUGUA